GAAUCAGCUGGCCCCGGUCUCAUUGGCUGUGUCUCUACUACAGUCAGUCUGUGACACCGAGGACCUGGAGCCGUGCGGUCUGUCCCGGAGCUGUGAAGUUAGUUGGGCUCGUCUGCUACGGUUCUCCCACAGCGAGCGCUGUCAUUUCUUGGCGUAGUUCUUCCCAACUUUACAUCCAAAUGUUAAUGAGGCUGUUUAAGCAUCUCAACCCGUGUUUCUGGUGAGGACGCUUCCAGCGGCUUUGCGUGUCCAGCAUGGCAGGCUGUGGAGAAGUCAGCCCGUCAGUGGCUGCCCUGGCUCCGUCCAAGCUGAGGGAAGAAGCGGGAGAUCACUGUGCUACUCCCAGCCCCGCCGCCUCCCCUCCGGAGUGUGCCAUCUGCCUGCAGAGCUGCAUUCACCCCGUGCGGCUCCCGUGCUGCCAUGUCUUCUGCUUCCUGUGCGUGAAAGGCGCCUCCUGGCAGAGCAAGCGCUGCGCUCUCUGCCGACAGGAAAUCCCGGAGGACUUCCUGGAGCGGCCUGACCUCCUCUCGCCCGAAGAGCUGAAGGCGGCGGCCGCGGGGCUGAGCCGAGGCAGAGGGACCGGGGGCGGUUCCCGUGGAGACUACGCGUGGUACUACGAGGGCCGCAACGGCUGGUGGCAGUAUGACGAGAGGACCAGCCAAGAGCUGGAGGAGGCCCACGCCAAGGGCAAGGAGAGCACAGAAAUGCUGAUCGCGGGGUUUCUUUACGUGGCCGAUCUGAAAGCCAUGGUGCAGUAUCGGAGAAAUGAGCGUGGUCGCAAGCGUAAGAUAAAGAGGGAUGUUGUGGAUAUCCCUAAGAAGGGGGUUGCGGGUUUGAGGUUAGAUGCUGAACCCGUCCCCAUCCCUGCCGUGCCAGUUGUUGCCCCGGCAGCAGCCGAACGCGUCUGUUCGGCUGAUGGAUCGGACUCUGCGGGACAAUCCCAGUCGUCCGCUUUAGGGAUUAUGGCGUCUCUACCUCCCGUCAGGCCUGUAACACUCCUGGGGCAUCCCUUCAAUCGUCGCCCGUCCCCGUCACCCUCAGGGCUGGAAGAGUCUUUCUCCCAGCUUCUGAUCGGCCAGCCCCAGGGUGAAGAGGUGGAAGGAGACGACGAGGCGUACGAGUGUGCAUCUGGUAGCAGUGAGAGCGAGGAGGAAAAAGAGAACGGGAGAGCGGGUUCGAUGCCGCAGAGUAGACACGAGCAGAGAGCGCAAAGACAGAGCCAGCCGACCAGAGUUCCUCCGAGGGGCAGGCCUUCGAGCUCGGCCGUCAGCCUGCGCUCACGCAGUCCUGAUGGACAGUGCACUGUAACAGAAGUGUGAAUAGAUAGUAGUGACGUCAGGCCUCCGGAUGAGAGCUGUUCAAGUUGAUCAAAAAGGUUAGGAAACCAGUAUGCAUCCUUAAAAGUCACAUGAAAGGAAAAAUACCUUUAUUGUGUCACCGUGUGUGUUUUCACCCACUUAAUAUGAGCUGAACAUGAUCGUGGGAUGAUCUUUGUUGUACUUCACCUGUUUGUGGAUCAUAGCUUAGGCCUUUGCCCCAAUUUGAGUUUCACCCAGAAAUAGCAAAAAAAAAAAAAAAAAAAAAAAAAAGCAAUUCAAGGGGACUUUUAACUAGUGUUUCAGUGCCCUUUUUCUGCAAAAACUGGUUUUAGCAAGCAAUACGUGGGGCACUGGUUAAUUAUGCAUCUGUUUGAGCAGCAAAGGCUGUCACUGCCGCAGUUGUGACAGCGUAAUGUGACCUCUUUGAAGUUAUACUUUGCUGUCUGAGCUCAUUGUUGAUGUGGCUGAUUUUUCUGCUGUGUCAAAAAACUUUUUUUUUUGUCUUUUUGAGUGUAUAAAUCAAGCUUAAAUGUAGCACUUUAUGUACCAGAAGGUUUAAACUAUUUACUUUCUCCUGCUGUGCUGAUUAGGUUCCAGCUUAAUCAGGGCCUAAUUUUAAUUUAAACUGAAGUUUGUGUGCGUGUGUGUGCGUGUGUGUGUGCAUACAUUUAAGUGUAGGAGAAGGACAAAGGCUGAAUUCCCUCUGUUUUAGUGUGAAAGUCUUGUUUUAAUAAGGACAUGCUUGUGUUGUUUUGAGCAGUCUCAAGUGCUGAAAGGCUGCUGGCAGAACCACUGGAAAGCAUUAGGUUAAAUAUGUAGAGACACAUUUAGAUUUCUAUUUCUUGUCACAGUACUCUCCUUAGGGCUACUAUCAAAGCGCCGGCAUUGACACGUACUUGGACCGGCUCAAACUGUUCUCACACGCUCAGUUUUUUUCUCUGUCGCUCCAGCUGCUAUUAUUUUAACUGUCAACUUUUCACUGUUUGUGUCUUACUGCCGAAUCACUUAAGUCAUUUUGUCUGUUUGGUGUUAACCGUGUGGUGUUUUGUCAAGUUAUUAAAAUGUUUAUGAUUUAAAAUCA